AUGACUGGUGAAUCUCAGACAAUUCAGGACCCACAAGCGGCUUACGAGCUUAUCACAAAGAACCUACAGGAGGUUUUAAACCCCCAGAUCAUCAAAAAUGUGCUGGAGGUUGAGAAGAGACCUUUGAAAUUGUACUGGGGUACUGCUCCCACUGGCCGCCCUCACUGUGGUUACUUCGUACCUAUGACAAAGCUGGCUGAUUUCUUGAAGGCGGGCUGCGAAGUGCGCGUUUUGUUGGCUGACUUGCAUGCCUUCUUGGACAACAUGAAGGCCCCCCUGGAAGUUGUUAAAUACAGAGCCAAAUAUUACGAGUGCGUGAUCAAGUCAUUGCUGCGUAGUAUCAAUGUUCCAAUCGAGAAAUUGGACUUCGUUGUGGGCAGCUCUUACCAACUUUCGAGCGAAUAUACUAUGGACAUUUUUAAGAUAUCAAAUGUCGUUUCUCAAAAUGACGCUAAGAGAGCAGGCGCAGAUGUUGUCAAGCAAGUCGCUAAUCCUCUGCUGAGUGGUCUCAUCUACCCACUGAUGCAAGCGCUGGAUGAGGAACAUCUGGGCGUAGAUGUCCAAUUUGGAGGUGUUGAUCAAAGAAAGAUUUUUGUGCUCGCUGAAGAGAACUUGCCCUCUUUGGGGUACAAGAAGAGGGCACACUUGAUGAACCCCAUGGUUCCAGGCUUGACCCAAGGUGGCAAAAUGUCGGCAUCUGACCCUAACUCUAAGAUCGAUAUUCUUGAGGAACCCAAGCAGGUCAAAAAGAAGAUCAAUACUGCCUUUUGCGCACCCGGAGUGGUCGAAGACAAUGGUCUUUUGUCCUUCAUUGAGUACGUCGUUGCCCCCAUCCAAGAGUUGAAGCAUGGCGCUAACUACUUCAAAUUUUACAUCGACCGCCCUGAAAAAUUUGGUGGGCCCGUUACUUACAACUCGUUUAAGGAACUUGUUGAAGACUUUAAAAACGAGAAGUUGGCUCCACCUGAUUUGAAGACUGGUGUUUCAGAUAUCAUAAAUGAGCUUUUGGCUCCAAUCAGAGAGGACUUUGCCAAGGACCCGGAAUUUCAAGAAGCUCAAGCGAAGGGGUACCCCGUUGUCUCGACUGAGAAGGUUAAGAAGCAAAAAAAACCAAAGAACAAGGGCACCCGCUACCCAGGUGGUCAGGCACCUAACAAUGACCCUACUGCUGUGGUGGCUGAAAAGUUGGAACAGACUGAAUUAAAAGAAUCUUCGUAG